GGUUUUUGCGGUUUUGCCCGUCCAUCUUCCAAAUAUUCCCCGUUUUACUGGAGCCCACAAAUUGCCGGUGCUUUACCACCGCCGGAUUUUCAAAUCGAAUCGCUCCUCCUCCUCCCCCAACACGGCCUCCAUCUCCGCUGUCCGCUCCCCACUUCGCGGCGAGCGACCAGAACCCUAGGAACUAGGCGGAGCUUCCCGAAUCCCCAAGGGUGAGAGCCACCGGGUAGCAGGCGAGAUGAUUCUCCGGACCCCACCACAGCGGAAGCGCCGCGCCGACGCCGACGCCGACGCCGGUGCCGACCUCGCCGGUGUCAAAUCCAUUGGCGGCGUGAGCGCGACCGGCCGGAGUCCAGUCUCUGACCGCCGCCUGGUGCUUUAUGACCGCCCCACCGCCCUCGUGGCUGCUGGUGCCCCAGGGGAGCCGUUCGACGACAUGGUCUGCACGUACCACUGCCGCCAGAUGGUAAAAUCGGAGUUCAUGGUGGCACUGAACACUGCAGAGAAGCAAGUUCAGGAAUAUCAAGCAAAACUUGAUGCGUUGGAGGAGCAAUUAUCCAAGAGUGAGGAUGAAAGGAUGCAGUUCCAGGAUAAGCUGAACUAUGCGGAGCAAGAACUGGCAGCGGCAAAAGGGCGGGAGAGUGCAUUACAGGAACGGCUACUGAAGGAGUUGGGUGACUAUCAGGAGCGGUACCAUGAUCAAGUAAAAAAAAUAAAUGAACUUGAGGCACAACUCAAUAAAGAGAUCAAUUCUAGAAUCAGUGCUGAAUCGUCAGCAUCAUCUGCAAAGGAAUCGAUCAAAGACUUGGAAGAGAAUUUGCAGCGACUAUCAGAACGUUCAGAAAGGGAGAAGAAAACCCUUAAGAAGGAAUUUUCAUAUUUGAAAGAUGACCUAACCUUAUCUGUUUCCAAACUUAAUGCUGAGCUUGAGAGAAUGAGACUCAGGGCAGAAAACUCUGAGAGUGAAGCAAAGUUGUUAAGCGAGCAGUUGGUGGACUUGAAAAAGCAAUUUGACGAGUGUCUUCGUGAAAAGAAUGACAUGGAGCACAAGCUAUUGAUUUCCAGUGCUUUGUCUGAUCAGCGUGCUCCGACAGAUGACCAGAAGUUGAUCAAACUUUUACAAGAAGAGCUCCGGAAUUUUGAAAAGGAAGUGCAUGAAGCUAGAAGGUUGAAAUCUUCCCACACAAAUGUUGAGUUGCUGAAAGAAAAACUAUUGGAGGAGCAGGGGCGCAAGGAAAGAGCGGAGAUGGAAUUAUCCAAGCUGCAAGAAAUUGAAGCCAAAGCACAUAAGUUGGAGCUUGAGUUAGCAUCAUGUACAUUGCUGCUCAGCAACAUACCUGAUGUGUCUUCUUAUGGCGACAUACCUCAAAAGUUUGCAGAUUUGCAAAAGCAAGCAUUGACAAAUUUGAACAAAGUUGGUGAAGUAACAUCACGGCUGAAAGAAUUAGAGGUUGCACUGGAAUUUGCUGAUCUCAGCAAGCAACGUGCAGAAGGUGAAGCUACCCUUGCUAAAGAGAGGGCUGAAACUGCUACCAGGGAGGCCAAGCGGCUUGAACUUAUGCUUGCUUCAAUCAGUGAAGAAAGAGAUAAGCUGAGAAAGGACCACGCUAUGCUGACGAAACAAAAACUUAGGGAUGGGGAUGAUACACCAAUCAAGAAUAUGGACUCAGAUCUAUCUGGAAUGGAGAAAAUAAUAAGAGAGCUGGAGAGCACCAUACACGACCAGAAAGAACUGAUUAGUCAAAAACAUGCUGAACUCGAUAUAAUGAAUGAAAGAUUAAGCCUUGAAGCAAGGAAAGUGAAAUCUUUGGAGCGAGAGGGAGACCAACUGCGCUCUCAGGUGGCCUUACUAGAGUCAAAGUUAGGUCAUGGAGAUUACUCUGCCUCAAGCACAAAAGUAUUGCGUAUGGUAAAUACUCUUGCAGUGGACAAUGAAGCAAAACAGACAAUAGAAGCACUACAAGCUGAACUAAAGAAAACAAAAGAGAGGCUGCAAGCAGUCGAAGAACUGAAAGGACAAGCUGAUGCUGGAACUGUGGUAGACGCAAAUAUUGCUGAAAAGCUAGCACAACUUAAAAAUCAAAUUGCCACACUUGAGAAACGUGAAGAAAGAUACAAAACAGUGUUUGCAGAGAGGAUCUCGGUCUUCCGGAAGGCCUGCUGCUCACUUUUUGGUUACAAGAUAGUGAUGAAUGACCAGCAGCAGUCAAAUGGGAUCCCCAUAACACGCUUUGUUCUGCAAUCAGUUUAUGCCCAAAGCGACGAUGAGAAGAUUGAGUUUGACUAUGAAUCCGGAAGCACAAAUAUUGUGGUCAACGACUACACGUGUCAACAAGAAAUUGCUCAGCAGGUCGAGGUUUUCAUAAGGAAGAUGCACUCCAUCCCAGCCUUCACUGCUAACCUGACAAUGGAGUCCUUCAACAAGAGAACUGAGGCACUGACGGAGCGGCAGCCGCAGCUGGAGAAGAAGCCGCCGCGGGCGAGGGCGCCGCUGUCGGGGAAGGCCGUCGCCGCGCUGUGCUUCACAAGCUUCGUUGUGGGCCUGCUGCUCAGUGGCAAGGUGUCGCUUCUGCCGGCCUCGGCGCCGUCCGCGAGCAGGUACAGCGCCAAGGAGAGCACUCGUGCUUCUGGUUGCGACAAUGAUCAGAAGCUAGGAGAGAGGCAUCCGACGGAUCUCCUGAACGAGGUGUCGAGGACUCAUCAAGCAAUUCUGUCGCUGGACAAGGCGGUGUCCACUCUGGAGGUGGAGCUGGCCGUGGAGCGAGCGAGGAGCGGCGGCGCCGGCACGGCCGUGGCGUCCAAGCCGCCCCAGAAGGCCUUCGUCGUGAUCGGGAUCAACACGGCCUUCACCAGCAGGAAGCGGCGCGACUCGCUCCGCGAGACCUGGGUCCCCAGAGGGGGAAAGCUGAGGAAGCUGGAGACGGAGAAGGGGAUCGUGAUCCGGUUCGUGAUCGGGCACAGCGGCACGCCGGGCGGGGCGCCGGACCGCGCGCUCGACGCCGAGGAGGCGGAGACCAGGGACUUUCUGCGGCUGGACCACGCGGAGGGCUACCACGAGCUGUCGUCCAAGACGAGGGUCUACUUCACCACCGCCGUCGCUACCUGGGACGCCGACUUCUACGUCAAGGUCGACGACGACGUCCACCUCAACCUCGGGAUACUGACAAGCAGGCUGGCGAAAUACAGAACGCGGCCGAGGGUGUACGUCGGCUGCAUGAAGUCCGGGCCUGUUCUGUCGCAGAAAGGAGUGAAGUACCACGAGCCAGAGUACUGGAAGUUCGGGGACGAGGGGAACAAGUACUUCCGCCACGCCACCGGCCAAAUCUACGCCAUCUCCAAGGACCUCGCGGCCUACAUCUCCAUCAACCAGCCGAUCCUGCACAGAUUCGCAAACGAGGACGUCUCUCUCGGCGCGUGGCUGAUCGGGCUCGAGGUCGAGCACGUCGACGAUCGGAGCAUGUGCUGCGCAACGCCUCCAGAUUGCGAGUGGAAGAAGCGAGCCGGGAACGUGUGCGUGGCGUCGUUCGACUGGUCGUGCAGCGGGGUGUGCAAGUCGGUGGACAGGAUGCGGCACAUCCACAAGGCGUGCGGCGAAGGCGAAGGGGGCGUCUGGAACGUCGCCAUAUGAUCAGAUGAGAUGAUC